GCGUGAACUCCCAUCGCGAGUAUAGCGGUGUUGUAUGGUUGUACGACUACGCGCGUCCUGCACGGCGGUGGCGUCAUGGCACUCUCCACUCUCAAAGGACGCAACAGUAAGUUCAAUGCGGACCUCCUGAAAGACGUGGAUGCCAACGGUGAUCUUUUUGAGGCGUGGUGUAGGGCUGGUGAAAGAGAAGAAGAUGCUUUUUGUGUCGUGUGUUGCCAGACAAUCAACUGUGCGUUUCAUGGUGUGACUGCAGUGAAGCGCCACUCGCAAAGCAAAAAGCACUUGGAGCGUACGAAGCAGCUACGUGGUCCUGAUGUGAAACUUAAGCGACCAGCAGCAGUUCAAGCCGUCCUGAAUUUUUCAGCUGCGUCCACCAUUGCGUCGUAUAAUGAUCGUGUCACAGCUAGUGAAGCACUGUUCGUCCUGGCUGUCACACUUAAGGGGAUUCCUUAUAGCUGGGGAGACAAAGCUACACCUCUCUACCGAGCAAUGUUUCCAGAUUCGAAGGUGGCAAAAGACUUUUCGUGUAGCAGAAAAAAAGUGUCGUAUGUCGUGUCAGAUGGCCUUGGACCCUACUUUAAGAGCCUUGUGCUUAAAGAAGUCAAUCGACCGAGUGUUUUCUACAGCAUCUGUAUAGAUGAGACACCUCUUCCGGAACAGCGCUGUCAGCAAAUGGACAUCAUUAUGCGAUACUUUUCCGAUGCCCAGAAAAUGGUGGUUGUGGAACACCUGCAGUCCUUUCGGUUAAAUAAGGCAACUGCGAACGACCUUCUAAGAUGUGUAAAUGAGGCUAUUGAGAGUGUUCCCAGUGCUGGCUUCUUUGCAUUUUUAGUGAUGGACCAAACGUAA